CUAGCAGAAGGUGCCAGCCACAUCAGUAUCGGAAAACGGAAUAUAUUUCAUAAGUCGAGAGCUGCAAGAACAAGAAAGAAUAUGGAAAACACUACAAUUCAGAAUUUGACAGAGUUUUUCUCCAACAGUUCUGAUACUCUGAAUGGAACAGACAGUCGCAGACCGACUCAUAGUUCGCUAUCUACAUUUUAUGUGUCAUUAUGUAUAAUCUGGAUACCAGGAUUUUUUACAAACCUUCUCGCUCUUUUCUUUAUCAUCCGUGAUAUAAAGAAAGCGAUCUUUCCCGCCAUAGUGUUGUUGCUCGUGUUAUGCACGAGCGAUUUGACAGCUAUAUGUUUUUCUUUCACGCGCCACAUGAUUACAAGAUAUAUACGGAGCGUCAAUUACAGCAUGUGUGCUUCUCUUUCUCCAAUUCAUACCUUUUUUAAACUUUAUUCAGGUGUUAUGAACUCUUUAAUGGCGGUGGACCGCGUCAUGGCGAUUUGUACACCAUUCUUCUAUAAAAAACACGUUUGUGUUAACACCUGGAAAGUCGGUUGCCUUAUUGCUGCAGCCGCUGUUGCUACACUCAACCUAUUCCCGUUGAUGGGACUUGGCAGUUACACUGGCACACGGAGUACAGGUGAGAUGUACUGUACUUCCCUUAGUUAUAAAGAAAACCCAAUAGAACGGAUAUAUGGGCUGGCGUUUGGAAUUGCCGGAAUUAUGUGUGUAUUCACCAUUGUGAGCUUAAAUGGUGUAGUAAUACGAACUGUUCUGAAGAUGAGCACGAGAAUUGUUACCUUUGUACCCUCUGAGACUACUACUAGUUCGAGUGACAACACAUCUUCGAAAGCCAACCAAACUUCGUUCGAAAUUGCUUUUGCUAAGCUCAUGCUUUGUCUUGCGACGGUAUACCUUGUUUGCGAAACACCUUACAAUGUUUUAAUUUUGCUGCAGCAGUUCAACGUACCAGUAAACCGGAGUGUGACGGGUUAUAUCCAUCUCAUAAGCGGCUUCAGUUACACUGUCGACCCAGUGGUAUACAUUCUCAUUCGUAAAACCAACAGAAAGCGCAUCGUAGAUUUCUUCUGCCGUAGGAAAGGUUCAACUAUCGCAACGUACUAGGCAGGAUUUAUUUCAAUGGCAAUGACACAAUAUCGUCCUCUUGCCAAUCACUUAAUCUACGGAUACUGUUCCGCGAUGGAAAAACGAAAAGUAACAACCAUCAACAAUCUUGCUGUGCUUUGUUCAUUGUCGAAAAUAAAUAAGAUAAUUUCAAAUGAUAGUGAAGAUUGAAAUGAAAUAUCAGCGAGCACAUUCAAGUCAUCACAAUUCAACUUCAUGUUUAUAAAGUUUUAUGUUUUCUUGAAUAUAUAGCUAAGCUAAGAGGCAAUUACAGCUUUAUAGGCAUACAGACACUAAAUAGGAAAAUGGCGGAUUAAAAUAGUCUUCGGGUUUUUUACUCUGUAGAGCUAUUUUCCUUACUUUCUUUGCAUUCUUUUUUGGUGACAUCACAUGACAGAUCUAUGCUUGACAUAUAGGUAUCAUUUUCAUAUGAAAUAAUAACCUGACAGAAUCUGUCGUGGAUCAUACACCACUACUACAAUUCGGGGUGUCAUUUUUAGCUGAUUUUGCAGUUUGUGUGUUUGACCGAAAAUAUUUUUCUUGCAUAAAACAUGAUCCCUUCUUUUCUUUUGAUUUUUAUUCAGCACUGCCAAUAUUCUUCAAGAAAAUGUAAGUUACAGACAUUUAAAAUGAGUCCUGAUGUGUGCUGCAGCCAUUGGAAAUAUGUCAGUUUUAUAUAGAAUAAAGUAGAACAGCUAUUUAGUGUAUAGUAACCUGAAAGGAUAAACAACAGUCUGAAUAUUUAUACUUAUUUUUAAUUAUCAUUCUACAAUAUAUUAUUCUUAAAGGUCUUGUAAACUUCAUAUUUGUAGGUUGAUCAAAUGUAUUUUUCCAUGUUAUGCUUAAUGACUUGUAGUCAAUACAAUAGAAUAUUUACAUGUAUUUAAUUGGUGCAAACUUGAUGAGACAGUGAAUGAGUGUGAGUAAGUUAAAUAAACAUUUUCAUGUGAUAUAAUUUUCUGUCUGUAGAAUGCUUUGCUAUAAGUAGUUUUUCAAUAUUAAUUAACAUAUCACGAAGGCGUGAAUGUGCGUGUUUCUGAUUUCCAUCAUAAAAUUUCAGCUCCUAAAGACUAUAUUUCAUGCAACGCAAUCAAUUGCGCUUCCUUUGCAUUUGUGAAAGAUGUAUCUUCUUGUAAGACGUGAUGAUUAUUUAUUGAACCAGGAAUUUCUACAAGGAAAAUUCAUUAGAACGGUGAGUGAACUAAUUAAAUCAGCGGUUUCAUUUCACUCCUUCCUUAAUCUGUUUGCAUAUAGAGGGUAUUUUGUUUGUUUAGGUAAAGAUUGAAAUUUUUCAUCGAAAUAGCUUGUAAUGUGUGGUUUUCACAAGCAUUCAAAUUGAUGUGGAGUUUGUUUCUUUUUAAAUCUAUACGCGUGCGACCCAGUUCUUCAAGGCUGUGUCACCAGUGUUGUGGGAAUGAAUAGAUCUAGCAUAACUGUUUAUUCUAUAUGUUCGUUUAAUAGUUUGCUUGGAAGCAGUGAUCUAGCAGUUUACCAGUAGAACAUUAUUACGUCAUGAUCACUGACACGUCAGGGUGACACUUUACUUAGAAAGGGAAAAUAAAACACAGAUACUGAAAUAAAAUUGACCAAAUGUUUACUUUACUUUCUAAACUUAUAUUUUACAAAGUGAUCUAAGUAUACAAGUUAGAAAAAUGCCAAACAUAACGAUAAAGAUUACAAAUCAGCUUAAGGUAGUUCUGCAUGUUUGAUAAACCGGAAGUGAUGGCGUAACGUCAUUUAUCCGGAAAACGUGGAAUAAAGCCUGGAUUCGACGUACGGAAAUGAAACUCAUUUUAUAAAUGAAUAGCAACCUAUCAGUAAAUUUAUUACAAUGGCACUGUUACUGUCUUUCUAAAGUUAAAAUAUGAUAUUAAAAUAUCUGACACGUUAAAAAUUCAAAAUAAUGUCUUAAAAUUAGCGUGAAAAGUGCGGUUCACUUUAAUCAUCUUCAAAUAUCUCAAAAUCAAGCACACGGACCUAUACAUUUUAUUUCACCACAUUAUAGGUAUUAUGUUUAUUUACAACUAUGGGAAGUUUCAUUAAAUUCUACAUUUUAGAAAUAUUUCUAUUCGCGAAAAUGUUAUGAAUGUUAUGAUUUUCCCAUAGACUUCCAUUAUGAAAAAUUGCGUGAGAUCUAAUUUUUUCAAAUCGGUCUAACAAAAAAUCAAGCACACGACCCUAUCUUUUUUAUUUGCUGAAUUUUCUAGGUAUAUUCUGAAGUUUUGAAAAAUCAGAGUUUAAUCAAAUUCUACAUUGUAGAAAAAAAAAUCGAUCGAAAAGUGCAGAACUACCUUAAUGAAUAAAAAGAUUGAAGUU